ACUCAAGCACAUAUAUAAAUACCAUACCCACUCCAGCGCAGAGAAAGAUUUUUAUUUUCUUCGCUUUCUCUCCGCAACAUAGCGACGUCUUUGUUUUCAAAACUUCCGUUUAAACUUUAAAACAACGCCAUUUUCCGGCCCUUUAUCUACUCUACCAAACUCCUUUUUUCCCGUCUAGGCUUAAUAUCAAUGCGGCGUGGUUUUGAUCUUUCAUUUUCGAGAUUCUGAAAUCGCCGAUUACCAACUCUUCGGUCUUUCGCUUUAUUUCAGGUUUUGAUCUCAUUUUAUUUUUCUAUCAUUGAUUUUAUUUUGUUUAUUUUUUUUCUGUUGUAAUCUUCUCCUUGCUGAGUUUAUCUGUUGUUGAUCGAUUUUCUCCGGAAAAUAAUUAUGAGAAAUUGAUAAGCUUUGUUGCUUUUGUAUUUUUGGUGGUGCAUGUAGUGGUUUCCCGUUCAUUUCACUUUUAAGAUUUUAGUCUUUAUAUUGUUAUUAUAUUGCUUAGAUUACAGAUUAAGAUAAGUAGGUUUUGAUUGUUGAAAUAAUUGUGAUUUAUGUAUAUUUUAUUUAUUGUGUUUUUAAUUCUUGGAUUGCUAUGUUGGCUUUGGUAAUUAGUAGAACUUAUUUAACUUUAAUUCUAAUUAUUCAUCCCUUUUGAGUGUUUCCUUGUAAUAAUCAGUGAAAUUCAGCUAUCUGUUUUUGAGUCGGGGAGUUGGCAAAUCAGACAAUUAUAACUUGCUGGUGAUUGGAUUGAAAUAUAUGAUACUUGGUUGCUUCUGCCUGUUCUCUUUGCUUACUAUAGUAAUUCUAAUUCACGUACUUUGGUUAUGAGUUAUUUUUCCAGUAAAGAAGUUUCUUUCUUGCUUAGGGAAAACAAGAGGUAGGGGGGAAGUAAGGGGAAGGGGUAUGUUGUUGGUUGAAGAUGCUUAAAGAACUUGGCUACAAUAUAUAGGUUCAGCUUCAACGAAGCAAUGAUUCUGUUUUUUAUUUACUCUUUAAGCAAUUAAGUUAGACAUAUACACCCUUCAUUUGGUUGCUGUUAUUGUCAUUAUUAUUAUUGAAUGACAGUGCGUCUUUGUGAGCAAAAUGGGUGAUGCAAUGAAGAAUAGUUUUCCUGGAGGUUGUCCUGAGUUUGGCGCCAUCUUCAUGUCGAACAAUGCAACGAAAAGAGAAUGUUUUAGAAGAAAAGUUUUUGCCCUCCCAUAUUCGCAGUACCAUUUUGUGAAACAGGUUAAAGCCGGGAUGAUUCUUUUCCUGUUUGAGUUUGAGAGGAGAGAACUGCAUGGUGUGUUUCAAGCAUGCUCUGAUGGUGAAAUGAAUAUUCUGCCUCAUGCAUUCAAUUCAUCAGGGAAGCAAUACCCUGCACAGGUAAAAUUCAUCUUUAUGUGGAACUGCCAUCCACUUUCUGAAAAUGAAUUCCGUGAUGCUAUCAGAGAAAACUAUUUCUCCAAGCACAAGUUUAAAUUUGGACUGUCCGAAGAUCAGGUCCGAAGGCUUCUAUCAUUGUUCAAUUUGAAGAGGAUGAAAGAUCAGGCACCUCAGAGGUGGUUGACUGGAAGUAAAGUUGCAUGGCCAAGUGGGUACUCUACAAGUAAAACUAGAAGACUAGUUGAUAACUCUCCAAUGAAUAAUCAGAUGCCACGUGAAUGUGGUGUGGACAACCAUCAUGGACUAGAUAUUUCCACCAUGCACCAAGGGGACUCUUUCUAUAAUGAUGACAGACAAACUGACGAUGGCAGAUUUGGAACAUACACGGAUGUUGAAUAUGAGCAUAAAGCAAGCGCCUUCCUAAAUGAGUGUUUUCGGGAUCUUAUGGGUAAAGUUGAAGGGAACAUAGUUUCUGGUGAAUAUGCCAGAAGUGACAGGGUGGACACUGAAUGGAAAACUGGUAUGGAGCUACAACCAGCAGUUUCAGCUGGGUAUUCUUCAGGUAAUUUCAGAAGCAUUUCCAAAGAUGUUAGGUUUGCAAAGAGUGAUAGAACUGAAACAAAAUGUUACAAGGAUGAUGGUUUUGCACCAACCAUCUCAACCGCUUAUCCUACUUCUUUUCAAUCUAAAGUUAAUCCACUGGUGUAUUCUAGCAAACAUGUUCUAGAAACAGGUUCAUUUAUUGAUGAUCCAAUUAGGCCAUCCUCAGCAUUCCUUCCCUCAAUGGAGAUGCAAAACUCUAAUGUUAGUUAUCAAAUGAAUUUUGAAGAUUCAAUUGUUACUAAUAGUCUUCCUCAUGAACUUGAUGUCCCUACUAUGAAUCAUUGGGGCUCCUCAUAUUCAGGGUUCAGUCAGGAGCAUGCUUCAUUGCAAGAAUAUGCUAGUCAUGAUAGUUGUGUUGGUCAUGUCAUUGGUACUUCUAAAAAUCAAUCAAUUCCUUCAUUGUUAGAGACUAGGAGGACAGUCAUAACCUCUGAUGUCAACUCUGGUUCUGGGGACUUUAUUCCAUUGCCUUAUUCUAAUUCAUAUGAAUGCUCCAGCAGGACUAGCCUGCAAAGGCCUGACUAUUUAGAUGACCUAGCAGCUGAAUACUCUAAAAAAGAAUGCUGUGGAGAUCUCUCCCUUCUGAAGCCCUCUUUAGCACAUGUUACUUCUGAAAUUAGAAAUAAUGUCAGGAUCAAUGAGCAUUCAUCAUCUUAUAGAACCAGUCCUAGCAAGUUUCCAUCUCUUACCUUUUCUGACAGGUAUCCUACAUCAAUACAAGACAGAUAUGAUUUUCAAGUGCCAGAGCGUGAAAGUGAUAUUGAAUUUGGUAAUGAUGGUUUUAUGUUUAAAGAGUGCCAGCCCCACGGUGAAUCUUUUUAUAAUGAUAACAGAACCAUUGAGGAUAGAAGAUUUGCAAUAUACAAGAAGGUGGAAAAUGAGAACAAAGAGGGCCAGCAGCAUAUUCAUGAACCAGUAAAUGUGGACUACCAUGAAGUUACUUCAUUGAGCCCUCCUCCAUAUCAGAAUUCUGAUCGCUGGAAGAAAAGGAGUGUGUUCUCUCGCUUGGCUUUGCCUCAUAAGAGACGUGAACCAGAAAGUAACACCCCUCUUAGGACUGCUGACAUCGAUAGGCAUUCUUCAGUUAAUGAAGUCAUGGACAUUCUGCAUCGAAGCCGUAAAUAUUGGGUGAAAACAAGUUGUAAGCAGUUACUUAAGCACAAUGAUGAUGCUGACAACUUUAGGGAUAAAAAACAGGUCACCAGGAAAGAGGGCUCAGCUAUGAUGUCAAAGGAGAUGAAUGUGAAGUCUACAUCAUUCAGCAAGGAAAAUAGCAACCAAAAACAGGUCACCAGGAAAGAGGGCUCAGCUAUGAUCUCAAAGGAGACAAAUGUGAAGUCUACAUCAUCCAGCAAGGGGAAUAGCAGCCAAAAACAGGUCACCAGGAAAGAGGGCUCAGCUAUGAACUCAAAGGAGAUAAAUGUGAAGUCUACAUCAUUCAGCAGGGGGAAUAGCAGCCAAAGACCUGGAGAGUCAACUUUUGUCGAUUUUAAACGUCGUAGUGCAGUGAGAAAGAAUCUUGAAGAUGGUAAGAUUAAGACCUAUUGUGAAACUCUUAAGGAAAAGAGUGCACCAGCCGCCCAAAGUAAAAAGAGAAAACUGAUUAGGCCAGACUUCCGUGAGAAUGAGUCAUCUGAUCUGGGCGUAUCAGUUGAUGCUCCCGAACUUGUAAUAGUGGCUUCAGCAGAAUGUUCUGUCAACAAAAAUGCUGAAAGUAUUAGGAUUUCUGUUGUCGAUGUAAAUGAAAAGGAUUUAUUGCUAAAUGUUAAAUUGCCAAAUGCUGUCCGCCAGACUGCUAUUAAAGGCAACAAUAGUGACAAGGAGGGAAGUAGCUUUAACUCAGAGCAGUUCAAUGCAGAAAGCUUUCUUGCUUCAGGAAGUGCUGAUGAAGGUCGAAAAGAAUCAUUGAAAAAUCAUUGCACUUCAAGUAUGACUUCAAUCUCUUGUGGGAACAUGCAUGUUGAUAUUAAGCAAGCUAUGACUGCUAUUGGGAUAGAUGGAUUUUCUCAAGACCGUAAUGAUGCAAGCCAUUCUACUUUUGAGUCUUCUCCAAAAAUCUGUGAACACAAUGAUGGUGAUGGAGCUGCAAAGAGCGAGUUUGUUUACAGUAUUGAACAGAUGAAUGACUUGACUCCUGUUGGUGGUGAGAUAUCCAUCAGCACUCUGAACUAAAGGCAUGAUCCGAGCGCCAAAUGAGAAAGGCCCUCCUGUGGAGGCUCGUUUUAAUGUACAUAUCUUUGCAGAAAUGGGACUCUCCUGACAUAAAGUAAGAAGCCAUCUUUUGGAUUUUUGGUAAUAGAGAACGUGUCAAACUUUUGGAAGCCACCAACUGCUUCGACAUGCAAGAGUCAUGGCAUGAAAUGCAUGAUAAAAUGUUUAAUGUGGAAGUACUUUCUACAAUCAUUGAAGGGUGAAAGCUGCAGAAACGUAGCGGCAAGUUUCUUCUAGCAGUCAUAACAUGAUCAUCAUUAGGUAACAAAACUCUGAAGUCAUAUAUCAUGAGUAUGUGCUUCCAUCUGUGAGAAUCAUGAGAAACAAACAAAGCUUUACAGUUCAUGCCAUUUAGUUACUCUUUUUAAUCAUGGGAUUUUGAUCGAACAUGCUAACAAAGAUUGUGAAUUUUUGUUUAAAGACAAUGCUGACUAUUACUUGGGAAAGUUUUCUCCUGUUGUUUGGUGGAAGUAGUUUGUUUUGUAAGAGAACAUUGGUGGCAACCAUGACAUGUUUUCAUUUCGUUUUUUUUAUAGGAACAUGUCUAUUCCAUAGGACCGAUUGCUAUUA